UUUUGCGUACUACGUCAUCCCCUCUUCCCCUUAGUAACCCUCAGCGGCGUCUCAGGAGCUCAGGAGGCAGAAUCACAAGAUGGGUUUGUUAUCAAUUUUACGGAAACUCAAAAGUACCCCCGACCAGGAGGUGCGGAUAUUGCUUCUGGGGUUGGACAAUGGUGGCAAGACCACCUUACUGAAACAGCUGGCAUCUGAAGACAUCACUCAUAUUACUCCAACACAGGGUUUCAAUAUCAAGAGCGUCCAGUCGCAAGGAUUCAAAUUAAACGUGUGGGAUAUCGGUGGUCAGCGAAAGAUUAGACCUUACUGGAGGAACUACUUUGAGAACACAGAUGUACUGAUUUACGUUAUUGAUAGUGCAGACCGCAAAAGAUUUGAGGAAACCGGACAGGAGCUAGCUGAGUUACUUGACGAAGAAAAGCUCAGUGGUGUCCCGGUUCUAGUGUUUGCAAAUAAGCAGGACCUGCUCACGGCAGCCCCCGCGUCCGAGAUAGCUGAGGGUUUGAAUUUGCACACUAUCAGAGACCGAGUGUGGCAGAUCCAGUCCUGUUCUGCCCUCACAGGAGAAGGAGUCCAGGAUGGUAUGAACUGGGUCUGCAAGAGUGUGAACGCUAAGAGGAAAUAGAGCUGUUUUCCAAGCAGGAGGCAAUAUAACCAUGACUUUGAAAAAACUGUCAGUAGGUAUAAGAAAUGAAGGCAUCCCUUCAAAACUAUUUAAAUUCACCUUUGCCUCUCCUUUUGGGCCUACUUUGGACCAGUAUCCAUACAAUGAGCUCAAAUUAAUAGUAUCCUUUCCUUAAUCUUUUAAACUCAAAAUUAAGAAUGUACAUCCAUGUGAUUUCAGAUUUGACUUGUUUUUUUAGUACACUUAAAAUCUUAAUUCAUUCUGCCUUCAUUUCUUGAGAUGAAUGACUUGUGUUUUUAUAUUGGAUGUUACAGGUAUUCAGAGGAUUUUGUUACUGAGACAUUUAAAAAGUGACAGCCUUCAUCAUUCAGUUCAGCCGUUGUCCUUCCUUACUGGCAUUAUUCACUGAUAUAACACUCUUGUUACUCCAUCUAAGGUCGUAUUUUUCUAAGUUUUCCUGAGAGUAACAGAGAUAAGAAUUACGGUACCCAAAUGCAACAUACAACAAACAUCAGUAUAUAGUAUACAAAAUAAAAGGGGACCAUCAAUAGGACGUUUUUGAUCAUUAAAUGUAAAUAAUGUUCCAAAUAUCAAAUUAUUUUCUGCAUAUAUAUAUAUACUGUCAAAUUUUACAAAUCCAGCAUUUAAGGAUUUCUUAGAGCUCUAUAGUGUAAGUGGCCUGUACAGCUGUAAUCCAUACGUUGACAAGUACAAGAGGAUGUCUGUCGUCAUCACAUCAAGAUUAUUUCUGUAGCGUCUCUGAAUGUCGUGAUGUGUGUGAAAUUACUGAAAUAUCCUGAGUAAAAUACUGAAAACAUG